AUGCGGUCUCAGCCGGCCCGUUCUCCUGCCCUGAGUGUGCCCCGGAGGGUCACAAAAGAAGAGGAGAAAGGAAGGACAAGAAGGAGCUGGGAUGGGUGGCUCAGUCACAGCAGUUCUUCCCACCCUCCUGAGACACCCCCCACCCGCCUUCCCAGGAUACAGCAAGAGGGGGAGCCCCUGAGCUCCUCCGCCCUGGGCACCCCCAGCACGCACAGGGAAUCAGGGGCCCUCCGUGCGGACCUCGAGGCCUCGGAAGAGAACCAGGCUUGGAGCCUGUGCCGGUCCAACAAAUACUCGAAGCAGUACCUGCGCCAGGUCAUAGCAGAAUAUGAAAGUCUGGACCGAGAGCUCCCGUGCAUCCGGAAGUUCCUCAUGGCCCCCACCGCCGAGCCCCUCUGCCUGUGCAUGGAGGUCUCGCCUGAGCAGGACCUUACCCACCUAGAGGUGCUGGAGGCGCUGGAGGCCGAACUACCGGGGGCCAUGGAGAGCGGCUGCGUGAGCAGCAUCCGCUUUGAGAACAUGAACGUCAUCUGUGGGACCGCGGGGCGCAGGAACCGGUGGCUCAUCACCGUCUCGGACUUCCAGACCCGCUCGCGCCUGCUGCGCUCGGGGCUCCGCCUCCGCGGGUCGGCGCACCCGCUGCUGCGCCACGACGAGCUGCUGCUGAGCGACUACCGCCUGCACCUCCGCCGCUCGCUGGUCCGACGGCGCAUGCUCGAGGCUCUGGGGGCGGAUCCCACCGAGGAAGACUGACAGCUGGGGGGCGGGCUCUGGCCGCGCAUGCGCACCGCCUGGCCGGUUCAGGCUAUUCACCCGGAGCCCCCCCUCCCCCCACCCCCACCCCCCGGCCCGCGAGGAAAGGGGGCGCGUCCUCCCCACGAAGGAGGCGGGGCCGGCUCGAGGGGGUGGAUACUGUGAGUUUAAUUAUAAAGAAUGACCUGGUACAAAAGCCAUUUCUCUCUGCAAAAUCUUGUUGGGUAGCCAGGGGAGAUGAUGAGGGGGGAAGGGUCGAACCCCCAUAAUAGGAUCCCACCUUCCUAGUCUCCCCCCUACCCCCCGCCCCGUCCCUGCAAACGGACGCCUGGGUCCCAGGGCCCUCAGGGAUGGACUGAGGCCCGCGUCCCGACCCCACGCUCGGCGGGAAGCGGACGUCCAGCCCCGCCCCCCUCUUCCUCCUCCUCCCACCCCCCUUGGAAGACAAUUCUCCGGGCUUUUAUUUCAGGUUUUUGUUUGUGUGUUUUUUUUCUGGAUUUUUUUGUGUGUUCUAGGGUUUUGUUUUUCCUUGUAUUUUCUUUUGAUAUUGUAACUUUUUGCUUUGUCUCUCCUCUCCUCCCGCGCUGCAACCCCAUCCAGGCCCUUCCCCCUCCCACCCCUACCUCUCCUCCCCCCUCCCCACUCCCUACUCCCUCCCCAACCCCGCGGCACCCAUCCAGAAUGAACAAGCCCUUGAUAGACGGGCGCCGCGCAGGCCCCCUGCGGACGGGGGGCAUCCGACAAGGGGGAGGGGGCGGGGAGGGGCCCAGCGCCGCCUCCACCCCCUCCUCGCCGCCCCUCCCCCCUCCCAGGACCCUCCCGCAAGGUUCCCCGCAGAUCCCUGACGUGGUGAGGGGAGAGGGCUGCAAGCACCCUCCCCCCGUGGACGGAGCCCCCCCUCGGGGGUGGGGGCGGCAGAGGGGGAAUGGGCUUGGGGGAAGGAGGGGGCGCUCCCUUCUUUGGCAGCUGAACAUGGGGGACCUGAGGGCGAUGCCCUCCCCCCUUUACCCACAGAGGGGACGGGGCUUCCCAGGGGAAGGGGUUUAACAUUCCCAAGCCCCAGGAACAGAGGGGGGAGGGGGCGUGCAGGGAGGAACAGCCAUGCUGGAGGGGGCAGUUUCUCGGAGAGACUGGAGGGUUAGAGGGCGGAGAGGGGGGACACGACGGCCUUCGUGCAAAAUGGAAAGACAGACGGCCGGGAACGACAGACUGGGAGGAGCGCGGGGAGGGAGCCUGCGCCAGAGGGCACAGCCUUCAGCCGGGAGGGGACGCGGGGGGAGCAGG